CCACUAGACCACCAGGGACUGCAAAAUGUCAGUUUUAAUUAUUAGUUCAUCAAUGUAAUGUAAUUAUGUAUAUUUUAGGGGUGCAGCUAUCGAAUAUUUUAGUAAUCCAGUAUUGUACUGUAAUUUUUUUCAAGAAAAAAACAAUAUAAAAUAAGACAUAUCUAAAUAAUAGACAACCAAUUGGAUUAAUUCUGUAAAUAAUCAACAUUAAAGUGUAUUUUAUUGGGUCUGAUGGUGCUUUUACGGCUGAAUGUAUCCAUCUAAAACUAGAACUAAGACUUAAUUUUAUAAUUUAAUUGUUUUAAUUUUAUAAAUCUCAAACUUAUUCAGGCUGACUAGAAAUAAAAUAAAUAUUCUUUCUAAUAUUCUGCAGUGUUCAAAGUGCAAAUAAAAAUAACUUAUUCAUAGCGCUGUGUUUUUGCAGAUGAAAUCAAACAUGUACAAAGUCACGUUACCAUGGUAAUAAAAUGCCACGUUACGACGUGUUUAACUUGAUGUUUGGCCGUAUUUUCUUUUUUUUUUAACAUUUGGUUUGGGCACAAAAUUGCAGCUUUUUUCUUUGUUUUCCUUCAUUCCUCGCACCGCCUUGUUGCAUGCAUUCUCUCUCACGCCUCAUCAAUCUUCCUGCACCAUCCGUUUCCUUCUUCGUCCUCUGCGUGGGUUGACAUAAGCGCGUUGGUGAUGUAGGCAAGAAAAAAAUGCCUCAAUUAUUAUUUUUUUGAGAAAAUCCAGGUACCCGAAAUAUUUGAGAAAUGGUUGCACCCAUCAUAUAUUUGUUAAACUUAUUUUAGAGCUGCAAACUUCAUUUUCACAUUCAAUUUAAUCUACAGUACAUGAGAUGCAUGGAAUAAUACUACUAGUUAUGAAUAUAAUGCAAUGCAUUGCAAAUUCCAACCACAAAAUAUUGUCCAUUGAAACCUGUAUCCAGUCUUACUUGUAUGUGCUGUGUAAUAUAGCAAGUUUAGAAUUCACUAUUUUCUUCCCAGGUCCCUAAAAAAGCACCAGAAAAAGCACAUGUUUAUCUUGGUGCUUUUUGCUAUUUCAGCUCUCACACUAACUGGAAACACAGGCGUUCAUGGAGGACGCCCGUACGUUGUCAGGCCCCUUUCAGGAACUAGCAAUUACAGUUCCAAAGACAGAAGCUUCUCAUUACGCAUUGUUUUGUUUUGUGACGCAAGUCACUAAUCUUUUGAUUGUGCUUGUCGAUGGUUUGAGGUUUGAAACCAGACUUGAGAAUGACUACGGAGUAGAAACGUCGGCGUUGACGGUGGAGUGGCUGAAGAAUGAAGAAAUUAUUGACCCGGCGGAGGACAGAAAUUUCUACAUCACCAUUGACCACAAUCUGAUCAUCAAGCAAGCGCGUCUGUCGGACACGGCCAACUACACGUGCGUGGCCAAGAACAUUGUGGCCAAAAGACGCAGCACCACAGCCACCGUCAUUGUUUAUGUCAACGGUGGAUGGUCGACGUGGACAGAGUGGUCUGUGUGCAACAGUCGUUGUGGGCGUGGCUUCCAGAAACGAACGCGCAGCUGCACCAACCCCGCCCCCUUAAACGGUGGACUGCCAUGUGACGGACAGGCCAUACAGAAGCUACCGUGUACCACCUUGUGUAUGGUGGACGGCAUGUGGACCGAGUGGUCCAAAUGGUCGGCUUGCGGGACGGAAUGCACCCAGUGGAGGAGAAGGGAGUGCAACAACCCCGCCCCCAAAAAUGGAGGAAAGGACUGCGAGGGGCUCGUGCUUCAGUCUCAGAACUGCACCGACGGGCUCUGUAUGCAAAGUUCAUUGUUUCAGACGUCCGUUGAGCCCAAAGACAAGAGUGAUUUGGGAUUCACAUCUGCUCCGAGCACAGACGACGUGGCUCUCUACGUGGGCGUGGUCAUCGCCGUCAUCAUGUGCCUGGUCAUCUCCGUUAUUGUGGCGCUUUUUGUGUACCGCAAAACGCACCGCGACUUUGACUCGGAUAUUAUCGACACGUCUGCGUUGAACGGAGGCUUCCAGUCGGUCAAUAUCAAGACGGCCAGAUCAGCCGACCUGCUUACAGCCCCCCCUGAUUUGACAAAUGCCGCCGCCAUGUAUCACGGUCCCAUGUAUGCCCUCCAUGCCGUAUCAGAUAAAAUCCCAAUGACCAACUCUCCACUCUUAGAGCCCCUACCCAACCUGAAGAUCAAAGUAUACAACUCCUCCGGUCUGGUCACCCCACAGGACGACCUCGGAGGAGACUUCACGUCCAAACUCUCCCCCAAGGUAACGCAGUCCCUGCUGGAGAACAGCGACACGAUGAACCUCCGCAACCAGAGCUUGGCCCGGACUCGAGACCCCUCCUGCACGGCUCACGGAUCCUUCAGCAACCAGGGAGGUCACCUGAUCGUUCCCAACUCUGGAGUGAGUCUGCUGAUUCCGGCGGGUGCGGUCCCACAGGGGAGGCUGUAUGAGAUGUACGUGACGGUGCACAGGAAGGACAGCUCCAGACCCCCCGUGGAGGACGUCCAGACUGUGCUGAGUCCGGUGGUGAGCUGUGGACCUCCAGGAGCUCUGCUGACCAGACCAGUGAUCCUCACCAUCCACCAUUGUGCUGACAACGUGCAGGAGGACUGGCUCAUACAGCUGAAGAAUCAACUGACUAUGGGCGAGUGGGAGGAUGUGGUGGUGGUAGGAGAGGAGAACUUCACCACCCCUUGCUACGUACAGAUGGACUCGGAGGCCUGUCACAUCCUCACUGAGACCCUGGGCACGUACUGCUUGGUGGGUCAGUCCAUGGGCAAGGCAGCCGCCAAGAGGCUCAAACUGGCCGUCUUUGGACCUGUGUCCUGCACAACCCUGGACUACCACAUCAGGGUCUACUGUCUGGACGACACUCAGGACGCACUCAAGGAGGUUCUUCAGAUGGAGACCCAGAUGGGAGGCAAGCUCCUGGAUGAGCCAAAGACUCUCAACUUUAAAGACAGCACUCACAACCUGAGACUGUCCAUCCACGACGUUCCGCACCCGCACUGGAAGAGCAAACUCAUCGCUAAGUAUCAGGAGAUCCCCUUCUACCAGGUGUGGAGCGGCAGCCAGAGAAGCCUUCACUGCACGUUCACGCUGGAGAGGAUGAGCUCGGCCAUCACGGAGGUCAGCUGUAAGCUGUGUGUGAGGCAGGUGGAGGGCGAGGGGCAGAUCUUUCAGCUCAGCAACACCCUGGAGGAGGAGCUCCAGUGCAUCGACACAUCCCUCAUGGACCCAGCCAGCAACAUCACCACUUUGGUGGGACCCAGCGCCUUCCGUAUCCCCUUGUCAAUCAGACACAAACUGUGUGGAAGUCUAGAUGCACCGCAGACGCGAGGGAACGACUGGAGGAUGUUGGCCCACAAGCUCAACCUCGACAGGUACCUGAACUACUUCGCCACCAAGUCCAGUCCAACGGGUGUCAUCCUGGACCUCUGGGAGGCCCAGCACUUCCCGGACGGAGACCUCAACGAGCUGGCGGCCGUGUUGGAGGAGAUGGGCCGCCAUGACAGCAACUUCUGCUCCAUGACCACGGAACACUGACCACGGAUCGACGACCAUGACGACAUGCGGCGGUAAUGACGUUCACCGUGCUGGCGGCCGGAUGCUAGCGGAACGACCAAAACGGGACGCUUGCUGGAUACGGAUCUUUCCACGACUUCUUGUGACUUUUAGCCUCCAAUCGAGCAGAUCAGGAAGUAAACACAAACACGCCAAAAAGACAACUUUUUACUUCAAAGUUAGAAAAAGUCAUCACAGGAUGAAGAAGCGUGAAAAAGCAGGUCGGAAAGAAAGAAAGCGUGAAAGACGAAGAGAAUGAAGCUAAAAGGAAAGUUCGGACACCAGACUGAAAGAGGAUCACAAAGUCUUUGGGGGCAUUCAAAAGCACCGGCGCCCUUUGUUUGACAUCUUUCAAUCAUUUUUCAAGGAAGGCCUCUUAUCUUAUUUGGUGUGAAAAUGGUAAAAGCAACUGUCAAUCAAAUGGCCUCACCCAUAAAAAUCUUAACACCCUCCUCGGAAGAUGUCAUCAGUAAUGGCUCUUGGGUUUGUUUGUUUUUUACAUCAAGUAUUUUUCCCACAGGGAAUGGGAGGGAAUUCAUAAAAGCCAUGGCAGGGACAGCAAAGUUUUUUUUUUUUUUUUUCGGAUGACGGAUCAUCUUGGAGAAUUGAAAAAAAAGAAGAAAAACAAGGCAGUGAACGCAUCACGUCAUGAAUUCACUCUGUCACUUUUGCAUCAUGCAGUUGUUAGGGUUAGGGUUAUAGGGUUAGGGUAAGGGUGAAAGGUCAGGGUUAGAUUUAGGGUUACAUGUGGCGUCCCCAUAGUCACUUGAAUGAUCACUAGCGCCCUCAAGUGGCCUUUGACCAAUAUUUUAUUUUUGUCUGAAUUAUGUAAAUACAUGAUUAGCAUCUAAGGAAUAUUAUAUUUUUAUCAUCAUUACCAUUAUUGCAAGUUACUUUCUUUUAUGUUUGUGUUUUAAAAGUUGGAAUUUUUAAUUUUUGUCUUAUGUUAUUAUUUUUUUUUAAUUAUAAAAAAAAAUCUAGAGUUAAUUUUUUUGCAUGGUUUAAGUUAAUUAUCCAAAUUAAUUAAACUAAUGCUGCAACUCAAAACUGUUUUAAUCAAAUAUUUUGAACUUUCCAACUUUUAAAACUGUGUUCCUUAAUUUUAUAUAUUUUUUUUAAUUGUUUGACAUUACACCAUUUAAAUAAAUGCAAAUCUUAAUUUUAUUAAUUACAUUUAUACAUAUAUAUAUUUAUACACACACAGGA